AUGCCCGAUUAUGUUGUGCCUGUCAAAGGUAGUAAGAGAGCAACGUUGGACGAGCUGUGGCAGCAAAUCCUCAUCCUAGAAGAACAACACAGUACCCGCAGCAUGACCCGCAGAGUUGGCAAGAGUUUGCAACCAUUGAUCUUGUUUGUCGAGCGUUUCACUCCUGCGAUUGAUGUAGCGGUACAAGGCACGAUCAAUCCAGCAGCGCUUGCAUGGGGUGCUAUGCGCGCGCUUCUUAUAGUGAGCCCUGAGGACCAUCAAUCCACCAUAGAGUCGUACCAAUACUUCAUUUUUAGGUUAGAUCGGAUAGGGCAGGAGCAGAAGAAUGAAACCUUGAUCAUUUCAUCUAGUGUCAGUCAGACUGACAACAGACAAGUGAGAUCAGGGGUCUUGGAGUGGCUUUCGACUAUAGACGUUUGGCAAGACCUGGAUAGAGAAGCUUCAAAGCAACUGAAACCUAGCGGACAUUGGUUUCUAUCCGGCCAGGAGUAUCAAGCAUGGGCUCGUCCGCAAGCAAGCCGUUUGUGGGUAUACGGAGCCGCAGGAUCUGGAAAGACGGGACUGAGCACGAAUAUUAUCAAGCAUGUCCAGUUCUCUCUCGGCAGCAACGACGGUCUGGCUUUCUUUCAUUGCGAUCGUGGCAACGACAAAAAAUCCUCUUGCCUGGCAGUCCUUUCAAGCUUGUUAGCUCAACUUUGCAGUCAACAAGACGAGAUUCCACCGUCCAUUCUGCGCGCCUUCAACGCAGCGAAACGUUUUGGAAGGUGUCGCAUAUCACCUGCAGACGCGCCAUUGGAGCUGCUACAAAGAACCAUUGCGCAUUUUGACCAUGUCUACAUUGUCAUCGACGGCAUUGAUGAAAGCAAAGAAACGAACAACAUCCUUGACCAGACUUGCAAUCUUGUUACCGGAGGCAACCGCAGUUCUGUCCUAAUCCUCAGUCGAGACAUGCCAUGUAUACGCUCAAGGAUGUCGUGCUUUCCUUCAGUGGAGCUCAAUGCUGCUAGCACCAAGGCCGACCUGGAUGAAUAUAUCCUAGCAGCAACAGCGGAACUCCACCAAGGAAGUCUUGUUUCAAAAACUGCGGCCAACAUAAGCACUUGCUUGCGUGCCAAUGCUCACGGGGUGUUUCUCUGGGCUCACUUGAUGAUAUCGAAGCUUCAAGAAGCCAUUACACCCAGCGAAAUAUCCAGUAUCCUGCAAAGUCCUCCAAUAGGUCUGGAAGCAGUGUUUCAAGAGACCCUACAAAGAUUGCAUAAGCAGUCGCUCAGUCGCCAGAGCUUAGCGAGGAAGACUUUUUUAUGGGCAUUAUGUUCCUACCGCCCCUUGACAUGGGCAGAACUGCAAUGCGCUCUUGCGGUUGAUUCUCAUACGGAAACAUUUGAGGCGUCAAAGAAACCCUUCCUCUCAGCAAUCGUGGAGCUUUGUUCGCCGAUAUUGCAAUAUCAAGGGAAGACGAGCUCCCUAAGACCUGUCCAUGCAUCGGUAUACGACUAUUUCACCAAUCCGCGAUCCUGUGGAACCCUGGACGCACCAGAUUUCUCCAUCAGCAAACCAGCGAGUCACCGACAGAUUGCACUUGAGUGCUUGACGACGCUUUCGAUCGCCUGGAGCUCGGAGGACGCUGGCGGCGAGAGUCCUCUGUCGCCGCUGGUCGAGUACGCCUGUCUAAAUUGGCCUGACCACCUUCUCUCCUCACCAUGCGAUGCUGAAGUCAUGGACCGGUUAAUCAUGUUUUUGUCGUCCAAGUAUCGGAGGCGGUGGAUCACAAAUUCACUAUUCUGCCAAGCAGACGCCUUUAUACUGCAAAACCUCUUCCUUAUGCAGAAGCGCAUCCUCGAAUGGAUGCCUCACAAUACACAAUCCGGAAUACCAGAUUACUUAGACUGGGCUUUUGACGUCCCGGAAAUCCUUCUUAGUGGUGUUGAAGAGAGAUCACAACAACUAGAGACUGGCAUAGGUCAGACCAGCAUUCCAAAACCAAAAUUUGGUGUAAGCAAUUUCGAACGACUGAUGGUCGUGCGUGACCUAUCCAGGCAAUUCACCCAGACAGGCAAAUUAGAAAGAGCCAUCGAUUUCUUCGAGAGUGUUCUUGCUGAGCACAAGAAGGCCAGAGAUGAGCUGGAACAUGAGAUGCUCUGGGUUUUGAAUACGCUAGGCAUCCUUUACGAUCAACAGGGACUCAUUGAGCUUUCGGCACAAUACCAGGAAUUAGCGCUUUCCCUUGAGAUUGUAGCACUGGGCCCCGACCAUGUUGAAACCAUUUGGACCAAAAACGAAUUAGGACGUGUUUACCGGCAUCAAGGUCGUUAUGAAGAGGCGGAACGCAUGCAUCUUAACGUACUGAACAUCCUCACAUCGGCAUCAGCAGACCCAGAUCGAGAUCUCGAAAUUGCAUGGACUCUCAGCACACUCGGUCGCGUUCAUCGCAAACAAGGCCGAUUCAAUCACGCUAUAACGGAGCUGACCAAAGCUUACCACAUCCGAACCGAGUGUCUAGGGGGAAACCAUCCUCAUUGUCUAUGGAUUUUAGGCGACAUUGGUCAGUGUCACUACGAGAGCGGGCAGCUCGAUCCGGCGAUCGAAUUUCAUCGCCAGGCGCUGACGGGACGAAACAAGGUGCUUGGCACAGACCAUGCGGAUACCUGCUGGACGAUGAACAAUCUCGGGAUCGCGCUUGACGCGAAGGGUCCAGAAUUUCGCGAAGAAGCACGAGCUAUGCAAGAGAAGGCGCUGCGAGGACAGGAGUCUUUUCUGGGUAGGGAUCAUCCUCAUACACUAUGGACAAAAGACAUACUCGAGCACUGGGACUAG